AUGCAGGCAGACUCGCGGCAUGUGUUUGUGCUGCGGAUGGCGGGAGCGGCGGUGGACGAGAAGGACGAGAGCUCGACGACUACACAUCACAUCUUAAAGUUCCAUCAGAUGGAUGUGAAGCGCCAAUGCUCUUCCUUGCGCGAUGAGGAUGCUGAGAUGUGCUGGUUUGAUCAGAGCUUGGAGAGCUCGCAUGGUCAAGCCUGGCUGUUCAGGAGAGAUCCAGUGCAGGAACUUGCGGACGACAAGAAGAAGAAGAAGAGUUUCAUAUCGGAGAUGCUGUUUGAAAACCGAGUGAGAAGAGAAUGGAAACGAAACUGGAUGAUCGCAGACAGUGAGGACAAGGAUUUCGAACAUGCUUUCGAGGCGAGGCAGGAGGCGGAUAAGCGAUCUUCUCUCAACCAAAUCAUCAACGCACAACUCAACUGCGUUGAGGUGAAGCCGACCAAGGAGUGGUCAACACCAGACAACAUUCGCGUGUACUGUCGACAAUGGCAGUGGUCGCAUGACUGUAAUGACCUGCCUGACAGGAAGGACCUGAACGAGAGACAAUGCAAGACUUUGCUCAUCGGACCGGGCACCGACGUGAUGUCGAAGAAAGUUCUUUACAGGAAGAAGAACGAGGAUGGCAAGGGCUCGGACGGCUUCGAGUCAUUGGAAGUCAUGGUCCGUGUGCCCACAAGUAGAGUCCUUGCUGUCUGCGAUGUUGCCUGUGCUAAUCUCAACCUGCGAUGGUCAGAGCACUUGAAGGUUCUGGACCAGUUGAAGAAGGAUGAAGACGACCUAAUCAGGAUCCUCAAGGAUGAGAUGAAGAAUGGCUUCGUGGAGGUGCAUGGCAACACCUGCUCGUACAAGAUCGAAGAGGAGGGGAAGAAGCAGUACUGUUACUUCUGGCUCGAGGGAGGAGAGACGGUCGAUGGGACGAAGGAGCUCCUUGUCAGGCCGGUGAACGGAGACUGGUGGAACGUGAGAAAGGACGCGACAAGGAGAGGAGUCAAGGUGGACUCCACAGAAACCAAAGAGACGAACUCUCGCGGAAACAAGACGGAGAUGGCGAAGGAGGUUCAAGGCUUCAGACAAGAUCACGGCAACAACAAGAAGACCAUCAAGCGCGAGCCUGGUUAUGGCAGUGAAGACAUGCUGACAGGAGACGAUCUCUCGUUGAACCCCGAGUAUCAUCUCAAGCCCGACCCCGAUGAGGAUGUACUGGAUGAGCUUGUGAAGCAGCUCAGCGACGAGUCGGAGGAAGAGGAGGAGAACGAGUUGGAUGACACUGGGAAGAGGAUGGAUGGCUUGCUGAAGGGAAAGAAAAUGGACGCGGAGCCGGAAGAAACGAAGGCGGAGAGCAACAAGGCAGACUCUACGCCUCCUCCAAAACCAACCAAGCAGAAGGCGAACGAGGGAGUGAUAAAGAUCAAGAAGGAGGCUGAUGCUAACAAAGACAAGGAGAAGGCCCCGGAGAAGACGGGCUUGACCCUCAAGAUCCGCCAGGACCUCGGCAAGCGCGCUGCUUCCUCCGCUCCCGACUCGGACGCGGCUGCCGGAGCCAAAAGGCCGAAGGUCGCCGCCGCCGCUGCCUCAUCUGCUCCUGCAGCAGCUCCUGCAGCAGCAGCUGCUGCUGCAGGUGGAGGAGGGGCGUUCAAGUACACAGAGGAUCAGAUCGCGGUAUACGAUGUCAAGGGCAUGUCAAGAGAGGAUCAGCAACGCUUCAUGAACAUUGUGAAGAAAGUUUGUCUCAAGACGCAGAAAGUGGAUGUGGGAAAGGGAAGCGGGGCGGGAGACUGA